AUGAAUUUAAUUGUCAUUAAAAUAUUAGUAGUCCCGCGAGUGACUGAAGCUCAGGUACUGGCUGAUGCUGUAGGCGGAUGGUUUUCAGGCUCAAGACCGCUGCACCCUGACUACGUUUGGUCUUUUAAACUUAGCAAUUGCAGCGCUCCAGGAGGUUGCAAUGCGCAUUGGUACUCCACAGCGGCCUGGGCAUCUACUUGGCGAUUAGGAUGUUCACAAGCGCUUUGUACAGCCAAAAAGAGAUCCUGUGUUCAUUUCAGAAAAAGACGCACACCUCCUACCCCUACGAAUAAAAUACUUGCUACACGUACAUCUGUAACCGAAAACUUACUUCGACGGACAAAAUUUACUACAUCAAGGUCUACAAAGUUAGAAGAUUUCAAUGUCACAAGGAAUAUUGGUUUAAAGGAAUCACCCUUACACCGUGGUGUAUUUGACUUGGGCGAACAGGAAGAGAAACGUAAGCAGACACAGAUUUUGGCAUUCACGAUUUGCAAUUAUGGCCCGGCUGGUAAUAUAGAGGGAUUUCCCAUUUACGAGGCUGGUCCGAGUUGCAGCAAUUGCCCCCAGGGAACCCAAUGUGGAGAUCGAACUCAUAGAGCAUUAUGCUCAGUCUUAGGUGACCCGGAUGCUGUAAAACAGACUUAGAUUUAUCUGUACUGUUAUUUCUGAUUUACUUUGUUAUUGUUAUUCAAAAUUGUUAAUGUUUUAGGCUUAAGUUUUAGGCUCAUUUUGUAGUUUAAAUAAAUAUAUAUUAGAUAUU